AUGAAUACCGAAUUGCCUCAAGGGUGGAAACAAAUGCAUGAUCCACGUAAAAAUCCUGAAUUGGCUAUUCCUCAACAACAGCCAGUAUACCCAGCUGCAAAACCAUAUUCCGAACCAAUAGGAACAUUACAAGUAAAUGCGCUAUCGCCAUCUCAUCAAUAUCCUGCUCAGCCACAAAUUCAUCAAGGAAGUAACACUUCGAGUCCAUCUUCAGGGCCCGGAAAUGCAGAAACAGGGGAUCGAGGAUUAAACUCAGGGGAACGAGGUUUAAUUUCAUCGAAAAAACUAAUAAAAAUCGGAACUAAAAUAUUCAAGUCAAUGGGCAAACCGAAUAAACCUCAACAACAACAACACUCUCAGCAGGUAUAUCCGCCGUCAAAUUACUAUCAACCCAAUAAUUAUUAUUAUCAAAGUGAUUAUUCUGAUGGCAGUCAAUACUAUGAUAGUAAUUUAAUGGAUAAUACAGAUAGCAUGUAUCCGAUGGACAAUAACAAUAACAAUAAUUACUAUAUAGAUAAUUUUCAAACAGAAAAUAGUUAUGCGUCUACACCAUAUUAUAAUGAGAGUAAUAGUUAUUAUUAUGAAUAUUAA